AUGAGCGCACGCCUGUCACCGUUCAUCAAGAAGCACGGGCCUGAGGGUGGCUCCCCCGAGGUGAAGGUGCAGGGAGUGGACUCGGACGGUCGGCCGACUACACACACCUUCCAGCUGCACGAGGACCCAUGCGAAGAUUACCCAACACUUGGAAGUCAUGACGCGUGCGUGGAUCUCUGCACCACGUUCGCCGAAACGCUCGUGCGAAACCUCACCAACAGGUUCAAAGACCUGGACUCCCUUGUGGGAGUCAGGCUCUUCAUGCCAGACGAGUGGGAGCUUGGGAGGGCGGAGCGCCACAAACAAUGUCUCGAGUGGCUCAUGUCACUCGUGUCGCUGUUCAGGGCACAGGAGACGGACUACAUCCUUCCAGGGAUCGACAAGCGGCAGGCGAUCAAGGAACUGCGUACCUUCUGCCCCAUCCUCGCAGACUAUGAUGAAGUGGUGCAGAUAUGGCGCAGCUACAAGAAGCGCCGCCCAUUUGGCAAUGUGGCAGCACCACCAGCAGGAGAGGGGGAGGGCAGUGGCAAGGGAAAGGAGGCAGAUGAGGAGUGGGAAGAAGCAGAGGCUAAGGGGAGUGACAGUGAGGACGACGCCCGGCCCCUCCCACUGUCGCGCCCUCCCCCUGCCCGUCGCGUCGCCCCCCCCUCCCCUUCCCCUGCCCGUCGCGUCGCCUCCUCUCCCCCUGCCCGUCGCGUCGCCUCCCCUUCCCCUGCCCGUCGCGUCGCCUCCCUUCCCCCUGCCCGUCGCGUCGCCUCCCCUCCUCCUGCCCGUCGCGUUCGCCUCCCCUUCCCCUGCCUGUCGCGUCGCCUCCCUUCCCCCUGCCCGUCGCGUCGCCUCCCCUCCUCCUGCCCGUCGCAUUCGCCUCCCCUUCCCCUGCCCGUCGCGUUGCCUCCCCUCCUCCUGCCCGUCGCGUUCGCCUCCCCUUCCCCUGCCCGUCGCGUCGCCUCCCUUUCCCCUGCCCGUCGCGUCGCCCUCCCAUCCCCGCCCCUGUCCUACCGUCGCGCCCUCCUCCCCGCCCCUUCUCACCGUCGCGCCCUCCUCCCCACCCCUUCCUACCGUCACGCACCCUCCUCCCCGCCCUCUCCUAACGUCGUGCGCCCUCCCCCCGAGCCUACCGUGCCCUCGCCCUCACCUAGGCUCACGCCUCCGCGUUAG